AGCGGCUCCGGCCUCGUGGGGCGCCAGCUGGAGGAAUUCCUCAACCAUUCCUCACCCUUCUCCAUCUGGGUGAAUGGGGAGCGCAUUGACUCCCUGCUGGAGCGGGACCAGCGCCAGGAGAAGCAGUUGGAAGACCUGGAAGAACGUUUUGGCCUGCUGGAAGAUGGGAUUGAGGACAUCUUCCAGGACAGCACCCAAGUCUAUGGCCGGAUGUAUCCCUUUUUCCAAGCCCCUUUUGGUGGCUUCCGAGAGGCUUUCCGGCCCCCAGUCCAGCACGUUCGCUUCCCCCAGCGCAGCCACAGGUUUUCCCGGGAUCUUCAUCCCUUUUUCCAGCAUCCUCACCAUGGAUUCCACCACCUGUUCCAGCCUCUCUUUGAGAUGACACAGAGGAUGCUGGAGGAUGCCCACAGCAGCCUGGAGCUUCCCUUGGGUGGCUUUGGUCCAGAGUCCAGGAAUUUCAGCGACGAGCGGAUGGUGUGCCGGGAGAUCCGGAGGAACUCGGCCGGAUGCCUGCGCAUGAAGGAUCAGUGUGACAAGUGCCGGGAGAUCCUGGCUGUGG